AUGUUUGGCUUUGUGCUUACUAUUGCUUUAUAUGAUUAUGCAAUGGGACGGGAAUCCCAUGUUCAAGGAAGCCAACUAAUUGACAACCUGAAGAUUGUCCCGAGUCCAUCAAUGAUUGGAAUGCUGAAGGAGAUGAAAGGUCUUUUUUCGUAUGUAUCUGAAAAUGAGAAGUUUGACGGGGAAGGUAUUGAGGUAAAGCAUGACGGGAGGAUGUUUGUAGUUCCCAGUACUGAGGAUGUUGAGAAGGCUGUAGAUGUUCUAAAGAAGUACCCGGCACCAAGCGAAGAGGCCAUUAGUGCCAUGAGGUCUGGAGACGGAAAUGCAGAAGGCCAGCUAGGGAACUUUAUUGUGUAUUUUUUGGAUAGCUCUGGGUAUAAGGAAAGUUUGCAAAGAAAUAAGGAGGGUUUUGCAGAAUUCGUAUCUACGGAUUUAUCUCUUGCGUCUUCGCUAGAGGUCCCUGUUCCUGGGAUAUAUGGGUAUAAUGCAAAUGACAGGCUGUCGUAUAAGCUACCUCUGAGUGAAGAAAACAUCAAGAGAGUUAUUUCUUUAUCGAACCUUUCGAUUUUUGGGUUUACUUCGCCAGCCAACAUUUCGCUGUACAGGUCGCUGAAGGGAACUAUCUUUUACAUUUUCUUUGACACGAAGAGUGGACCUGAGGCAUUGAUGGAGUAUUUUGGAGUUUUAAAUGACUUUAGGUAUGAUGUUCGGGUGAUAAUUAUCCCGAGGAUCAAGGAAAGUGUCGAUCUUAGCGAGUAUGGGCUUACGGAAGAAAACCUUCCUGGAUGCAUAUCGAUCAGUGAAGACGGAGGAAAAUAUGUCCUAAAGAAUGUAUCGAGGGAGAGCAUUUCUGGAUUUGUGAAGGAUGUGCUGGAUAAGAAGGCUGAGGUAUUCUACAAGUCUCAGGACGAGCCUGAAGACAACGAUAGCAGGAGUGUAAAGGUUGUUACCAGGAACAAUGUUAAGACAUAUAUUGAAGAUGCAUCCAAGGACAGACUCAUAGUGUUUGGUACUGAAAGAUGUCCCCACUGCGUCCGAGUCAAGCCUGUUAUUGAGAAGCUGGGAGAGAUUGUAAGAGACCACGCAAACGAUAAGGUAUUUGUUGGAUAUUGUGAUGUUGGGAUGAACGACAUGAAUGACUUUGACAUCCAAUUCGUCCCUACUCUUUUGCUCUAUAAGGCUGGAGGGAAGGAGAGUGUUCUAUAUUCUGGCGGGGAGAGGAAUCUUCCAAAUCUGGCCGGUUUUAUCCGCGAAUAUGGGGGAUUGGGAGUUGAUCUGUCUGAGUUCGUGGCGCCUGAGGGUGAGAGGAAGUUCGAGGUGGGAGAUGAUGCAAGAGCCGAGCUCUGA